AUGGAAGCCACAGAGGAGCCUUUACAUUACCUUUCUCUUCUUCCUCAGGAGAUCUGGCGCCAGAUCCUCUCCGAGGUGUACCCACCCAUCUUACGCGUGGUGUGCGAGAGCCUAGACGCCGACCUUGACUAUCCACGUAUGGUCUUCAAUCUCCAAUCUCAGCGUGCGAAACUCCGGCUGAUCUGCAAACGAUUGGAGCCGAUUGCUGUCGAGGUCUUGUUCAAGGAAAUCGCCAUCGAUCCUUCGACCUGGUGUUUGCAGAGUUUAUUUGAUACGAUCAGAUGUAUAACUGGCUUUGGCGGGUCCCCGUUUGUCUACACUGCUAGCGCUUUCAUCCAGCUCGACUGUCGAGGCAACGCAUCCAAGAUAGGCAAGGUCGACGUCGACUAUCUUCAACAGUUGCAUAAAUAUUGUCCCAAGAUAAGAUUGAUGGUGCUCAACGUGGUCUUUGAUCAUACUUUUCAGAUGCACGUUGACUGGAUCAAAGGAGUGGAGACGCUCAUGAUCCGAACGCACCAUAUAGAGUCGGGAAAUCUACAUAGGAUAUCUUCUCAGGUCCAUGGCCUCCGUAGGUUGAUCCUCGACACUUUGACGUUUAACUUGGUCAAACCAGUGACCGUUGCGGAUCUGACGUGCCUUGAUCUUCGAUGUAGUCUCGUCAAGGGGUUCGGAUUCCUCUCUGUCUCAAAGAUACACCAGAUAAAUACCAUUUUCGACCCAGUCAAUCUUGUCGAGCAUCUGGCGCUCUUCGAAGCGAAUGGUCCACAUUUGGAACACCUGGCGCUCAGGAGCGGCAUCCUAUCUAGAGGUCUGACCAAUGUCGGCCCACUUGUCAAGGGGAUGGCGAAUGUCCUUCGCCUGUGCCCUCGGCUCAAAGUGCUCGAAGUGGAGGGCCAGUUUAUCUCCAGCGAGCAUCCGCAACCUGCGCUGCUUUCUAUCCAUACGCUCGUUCUCUGCUUCCACAAUCCAAAGCGAGACAUUAUCCCAGCACUUUGUUACUGGGGGUUCGGUUCAAAGAGUGAGAUGCCGACCACCGUCACUACUCUUGUAAUCAAGAUGAGGAUAGGUAGACUCUCUGAACACGGCGUGAGAAAUCUUGCGCUUUCGGCAGUCGACGCUCACUUUACACGACUUGGGAUUACUUUUACGAUGAAGCCUGUCCGCUACGAACAGUUUAUGGGAAUUCACAUCUCAAUAUAG